ACAUCCCAGCGUGUAGCAGACAUCCCAGCGUGUAGCAGACAUCCCAGCGUGUAGCAGACAUCCCAGCAUGUAGCAGACAUCCCAGCGUGUAGCGGGACAUCCCAGCGUGUAGCGGGACAUCCCAGCGUGUAGCAGACAUCCCAGCGUGUAGCAGACAUCCCAGCGUGUAGCAGACAUCCCAGCGUGUAGCAGGACAUCCCAGCGUGUAGCGGGACAUCCCAGCGUGGGAGCCUGGGACCUGGUAACGAGGCGAGGGUCGUGCGGAGGGUCCGCUGGUCAGGUCGUGGUGCUCACCAUACUACCAAUGAGCGGCAGGGGCGAUGAGUGGCCCCAGGGGCCCAGUGUUGAGGGCCAUGAGGGCCCGGGCCCCGACAAGAGGGCCCAGGGCAUCAACACCAGGUACAAGGGCACCAAGAGGGUAUCGGUGUACAAGACGUCCCCCAGGAAGACCCAUCUCACCCUCCCGGAGAAGCUGGAGAUCCUGAAGGAGGUGGAGUACCAGGUGAUGCCCUCCAAGGUCCAGGCCAUGAGCACUCAGAGGGACACACUGAUGGAGCUCUACCAGCAGGGGGGAGGCCCUAUGGCCCUGGAGGCGGCCAUAUACCGCUGGUACAGGUUCAGGGUCGACCAGGGCCUGCCGGUCUCCGGGGCCCUCCUCCUGCAGAGGGCCAGGCAGUGCCACCGGGAGAUGGAGCUGCCUUACCCCUGCGAGUACUCCAGGGGCUGGCUCCGGAGGUUCAGGGCUCGUCACGAGAUAUUCUACGGGGCGCUGGGGGAAAAAUCUGCCGGUGUGGAAUACUCUAACUGGGACAAAAAGAAGUCUGUAACAAUGGCUGACUAUGAAUCACCAAAUAGAAGUUGCAUGCUCUUGAAGCGGAAGAUGAACGAGCCCGAGAAUUUCCAGAAAAGAAUGAAAGUCUGUCAGUCUGUGGGAGUUGAUAUUUGCCAUUGCUUAGAAAGCUGCAUAGAUGAUGACAUGAUUGAAGUAAAAGAUGAACCAUUGGAUGAUGAAAUCAGUUCAUACGAUGUUGAUGGCUACCACGGUGCAUAUAUUGAAGGAGAGGAUGGUGUAGAACUCCCGCUUCACGUUGCCACUGCACAAUAUCCUGUCUCCAUUGCUAGCACGGAAGAUCUCGGCCCUAUUUCCAACACACAAUACCAGACUCCCACUCAAAAUGCAGAAUACCUUUUCCCCAUUGAAAAGACUAACUAUUUGACCUCCAUUGAUAACACACACUAUCACAUCCCCAUUUCCAGCACAAAGCACUCGACCCCUAAUGUUGACACACACAACCUACCCCUUAUUGGCAACUUAAAAGGCCCACCCCUCAUUUUAAACACAAAAUGCUCUUCCCCAGUUGUUAACACAGAACUCCAACCUUGCCUUGCAAAUGCCCCCAUUAAUAAUGCAAUUCCAUUCCCUGUUACCAUUACAAACAACCAACCCCCCAUUUUCAGAGCAAAAUAUCCCUCCUCCAUUGUCAGUACACUAGAAUCGCAACCCAUUGCCAACAUGAAAGGACUGGCUCUCAUUGAAAGCACAAAAGAUUCACCCUUCAUUGUCAGUGAUGACGUUCUGCCACCCAAUAUUGCCAACAGAAAAGACUCGGCCAACAGAAAAGACUCUGCCAACAGAAAAGACUCGGCCAACAGAAAAGACUCUGCCAACAGAAAAGACUCAGCCAACAGAAAAGACUCAGCCAACAGAAAAGACUCAGCCAACAGAAAAGACUCGGCCAACAGAAAAGACUCGGCCAACAGAAAAGACUCAACCAACAGAAAAGACUCGACCAACAGAAAAGACUCUGCCAACAGAAAAGACUUGGCCAACAGAAAAGACUCUGUUAACAUAGUCAAUGCAAAUGCCCAACCGUCAUUUGUAUACAAAAAAGAUCAAGCCACCAUUGUUAGUACACAAGACCCACCACCCAUUUCUAACACAAAAGGCCUACCACUUAUUUCUACCAUGAAAGACCCACCUCUCAUUUCCAACACAAAAGGCCCACCACUUAUUUCUAGCAAGAAAGACCCAACUCCCAUUUCUGACACAAAAGGCCUACCACUUAUUUCUACCAUGAAAGACCCACCUCUCAUUUCCGACACAAAAGGCCCAUCACCUAUUUCUAAUAGAAAAGACCCACCACCCAUUUUUGACACAAAAUUCCCACCACUUGUUUCUAACACAAAAGGCCCACCAUUUGCUUCUAAGACAAAAGGCCCUCCACUUGUUUCUAACACAAAAGGCCCUCCACUUGUUUCUAACACAAAAGGCCCUCCACUUGUUUCUAACACAAAAGACCCACCAUUUGCUUUUAAGACAAAAGGCCCUCCACUUGUUUCUAACACAAAAGGCCCUCCACUUGUUUCUAACACAAAAGGCCCUCCACUUGUUUCUAACACAAAAGGCCCUCCACUUGUUUUUAACACAAAAGGCCCUCCACUUGUUCCUAACACAAAAGACCCACCACUUGCUGCUAACACAAAAGGCCCUCCACUUGCUACUAACACAAAAGACCCACCACUUGCUACUAACACAAAAGACCCACCACUUGCUACUAACACAAAAGACCCACCACUUGCUACUAACACAAAAGACCCACCACUUGUUUUCAACACAAAAGACCCACCAGCUGUUUCCAGCACCAACCAUUUGACUUCCAUUGCCAUGAACACUAUGAACUUGUUGCUGGGCAAACAGAACAGCUCUUGCCAGGCUCGUGGGCAUCUGGUUGCAGAGGUAAGAACUACUCCAUCACGUACAGGACAUCAAAAGACAAAGAAAGCUACACCCCCAAGAGUGUCUGACUUAUUGUUUAGCGAACAUAUCAAGAAAUCGGAGAGUAAUUUCCCUAUUGCUUCCCUCCUGAAGGCCAAUGAGUCCACCAUUCACACUGUCAAGAAACAGGAAGAAUUGAUGAAUAACCCAAUAACUAAGACAAACCUCUCUGGUGAUACAAAAUCACUCGAGGAUGUAUGUUUCACAAAGAUGGAGAAUGCCCUCUACCUCAGUUCAAAAGAUAAUCGCAAGAAAAGCAUCCCCAUUGAUAAUACCGUGAUCCGGGAAAAGGCCACUCAGAUACAGGAAGAUGAUGAGCAGGAGGACGAUACCUCUUCUGGCACAUCAUUUUUGGCUUCAUCUGGUUGCCUGAAUCACUUUAAAAUACUUCAGAGGCUACGUACUGUGACACAGGAAUGUACCAGUGUUGACUAUACUGCAGCAUCGCCAUAUCCUGCUAAGUUUGCAAGGAUAAUCAAGGAUGGCGGCUAUUUGCCAGAGCAGGUGUUCAAUGCAGAUGAGACAAGUCUUCUCUGGAAGUGUCUUCCCCACAAAACCUUUCUGAUGAAGGAGGAAAAGGCUGUUUUAGGUUUCAAAGCCUCAAAAGACUGUCUGACUUUGCUCUUCUGUUGCAAUGCAGCUGGAGACUUCAAGCUGCCACCUGUGCUGGUGUACCGGUCGUACCAUCCUCCUGCGCUCAAGAAUGUCACCCGUCUGCCGGUGGUGUGGCGAGCUAACGGCAAGGCUCAGAUGACGUCCACAAUCUUUGCCGAUUGGUACCAACAUAAUUUCAUUCCGGCUGUGGACAAGUAUUUGAGGUUGAAAAACCUACCAAGCAAAGCCAUCUUGUUUGUUGAUAAUGCCUCCAGCCAUCCACAAACUCUUAAUGACAUCACUGACAGUGAUGGCUACCGCCUUGAGUUUUUUCCACCUAACACCAGUGCUCUGCUGCAGCCGCUCAACCAAGGAUUAAUGUUUCAAAUCAAGACACUGUAUACUAAGCAGGUUCUCUGGGAGAUGUUCCUCAACUCUGAAGGAGAGGGCAAGGGUAAAGAAGCUGUGAUUGAUUUCUGGAAAACAUUUAACAUCAGAAAUGCCAUCUCGAUUAUUAUUGACUCCUGGGAGAAGAUCACCUCCUCCCGUCUUAAUGAAGCAUGGGAGAACCUAUGGCCUGGAAUCAUGUCUCAGUUCCAUGGUUUUCCCAACACGCAGGUAGAGGUACGCAGCAUUGUGGAGAUUGCCAACGGCAUUCCUGGGGAAGGGUUUGGCGACCUGGUGGUUGAGGACAUCGUGGAAUAUCUGGAGAGUCACCGCAACAUUAUGACUCCAGAAGACGUCCUCGAGCUGACUGCCGAAGAGUCCGAUGAAGCACAGGAUGAUGGUGGUGAAGCUACUUCAAAUUCACAGAUGCCUUCAUCAUCAAUGAGUCAGUUUGUGAACUAUAUGAACUCUUGCAUUGAAAUUGCUGACAGUGACCCCAAUUUUAAGCGAGCAUCUGAGUUUGUCUGUCACAUCAGAAAAGCAUGUGAAGUUUAUGUGAAGUCCAUCCAUGCUCAUUCUAAAAACAAAAGUACAAUAUAGAUGAUUUUUAAGUAAGCCUAGUUUUUUGUAUGUUUUAUUGUAUCAAUAAAACUUUAUACUGUA